AACUGCUUUGCGCACCGGUUUGUGGAUUUGCUUGUAACUUUAACUUGAAAUUUAAGAAUAAUCAUCUACUGAAAUAUAUGUUACAAGUGCCCUCCUAGUAGCUGUUAAAGAACCUGUGUGCAUAUAAAAAUGUCCGACACCCAGCACGAGGAUCAAGCGUGGAGUGACUUGGCCAACAUUCCAGCUGAUCCUCCUAAAAUGCGAGACCUCUGUGAGAAAUGCGAGCGUCCAGUUCCGGUGUGUUGGUGUUCGGCACUUCCGGCGGAACCGUUGGUUCCAAAAAGUCGAAUCAUAUUGCUGCAGCAUCCAGCCGAGGAGAAACGAUCGCUCCGGACAGCGCCAAUGCUUUCGGUUGGUCUCGCUCCUGGAAAAUGUUUGAUUUACAAAGGCAAAAAAUUCCCCAAAUUCGACUCGGAACUGGAAUCUAUCUUGGCGGACAAAAAAUCGCUGCUCCUGUACCCUAGUGCCAGCUCAAUCCCGAUUGAACAGGUCGACCUCAGGGAUGGCCCCUUCAACCUGAUCCUCAUCGACGGGACCUGGCCGCAAGCAAAGGCCAUUUAUGCUAGCUCUCCGGUUCUACAUUCGAUGCGUCAGGUCAAGCUGGUCAGCUGCGGCAACAGUAACUACAUCAUCCGAACUCAGCCGACGGAUGGGUGUCUGAGCACUCUGGAAACGGCUAUCGAGGCGUUGAGUGUUCUUGAGGGGGACGACAGCUUCCGGGAUCAGCUGUUGAGGCCUCUUCACGCGCUGUGCCAAUUUCAGCUUGAUAAGGGAGCUGUUACGCAUCAAUCUAAGGAAUUCCUCAUUAACGAUAAAAAGUCAUUGUUUGUGUAA